UUGUUAUCUAAGUGGUGAGAAUGAGCAUAUUAGUUUGUCAUGAAUAACAAAAAUCCUUAGUAUAAAAAUGCUCAGGAAUUUCACUUCCAUACUUUUGAGGGCUGACUUUGAUAAUUCGUUCUUCUUCUUUCCUUUCCUUUUUCCAUUAUAGGUGGCUAGUUGAUUCAACUAAGCUUGUUUUUUCUUUUCAUGGUUUUUCUUAUUGGACCGGGAGAGAAUGAAGAAAAAUCCCAUGAAGCUGCACUCAUCCAUUGCUGCACUUUCUUCCCUUUUCUUCACAAUAUCCGUCUUCUCGCCUGUUUUAGCCGACCUCAAAUCUGAUAGACAAGCUCUCCUUAACUUUUCAGCCUCCAUCAUUCAUACCAAAAGACUCAACUGGAAUGCUUCUACACCAGUUUGUUCCUCUUGGAUUGGAGUCACUUGUAAUGCAAAAGGAACUCGAGUCGUUUCCAUACGACUUCCCGGUAUUGGACUUGCUGGAUCCAUCCCAGCCAAUAGUAUAGGAAAGCUUCAUGCUUUAAGGGAUUUGAGCCUUCGUUCCAACCUCCUCAAUGGAAAUCUUCCUUCUGACAUUCCCUCUAUUCCUUCUCUCCAAUUUCUGUACCUUCAACGAAACAACUUCUCCGGUGAACUUCCUUCCACUUUCUCACACAAACUGGUAGUGUUUGAUUUGUCCUCAAACUCCAUUUCAGGAAACAUUCCAACCACAAUUCAGAAUCUGACUCGACUAGCCAAACUAAAGCUCCAAAACAAUUCUAUCUCUGGAGCCAUCCCGAAUCUCAAUCUCCCUAGGCUGAAGCUUUUGAAUUUGAGCUAUAACAAUCUCAAUGGCUCAAUUCCAAAUUCCCUCCAAAAAUAUCCAUAUUCUUCAUUUGUUGGAAAUUCUCUUUUGUGUGGGCCGCCUUUAAAUCCUUGUUACACAACCCCUUCCCCUUCUCCAACUGCUUUUCCUGCUUCCUCGCCAACAAUUGUCCAAAACCAAAAUGCUAAACGAAAGAGAAAACUGGGAGUUGAUUCCAUCAUUGCGCUGGCAAUAGGGAUCUCUGCAGUUUUGUUUCUUUUUGCUCUAGUGAUGUUCAUAUGUUGUUUAAAGAAGCGACGCGCAAAAGGCAGUGGCGUGCUGAAAGUGAAGGCCCCAAGUAGUGAGAAAGCUGAGAAGCCUAAGGACUUUGGAAGUGGAGUACAUGACGCAGAGAAGAACAAGCUGUUCUUCUUUCCCGGCUGCUCUUACAGUUUUGAUCUUGAGGAUCUACUGAGGGCAUCGGCGGAAAUUCUCGGUAAGGGAAAUAAUGGAACAACCUAUAAGGCUGUUUUGGAUGAAGGAUCUACAACAGUGGUGGUGAAAAGGCUAAAGGAAAUACUGGUCGGUAAGAAGGAAUUCGAACAGCAGAUGGAGAUUGUGGGAAGGGUUGGACAGCACCAAAAUGUUGCCCCACUUCGCGCCUAUUACUAUUCAAAGGAUGAGAAGCUUUUAGUUUACAAUUACAUGCCAGUCGGUAGCUUGUUUACUCGCUUACAUGGGUUCAGAGGCGCAGAAAGUACUCCUCUAAACUGGGAUUUGAGAGUUAAGAUCUCGCUUGGAGCAGCCAAAGGAAUUGCCCACAUUCACUCUGAAGGUGGUCCCAAAUGCAUCCAUGGCAACAUCAAGUCAUCAAAUGUCCUCCUAAGCCAAGACCUUGAGGCCUGCAUUACAGACUUUGGCCUGGCUCAAAUAGUGAACUUCCCUCCAAUCAUUUCUCGAAUCCUUGGAUACCGUGCUCCUGAGGCAAUCGACACACGCAAGCUCACUCAAAAGUCGGAUGUUUACAGCUUCGGCGUCCUCCUGCUCGAAAUGCUGACAGGGAAAAUCCCAAUCCGGUAUCCCGGGCACAACGAGGUGGUUGAUCUCCCGAGAUGGGUACGGUCUGUUGUGCGUGAGGAAUGGACAUCUGAGGUGUUUGAUGUGGAGAUUUUGAGACAAACUUACGUUGAGGAAGAGAUGGUUCAGAUGUUGCAGAUAGCCCUGGCUUGUGUGUCCAAGGUGCCAGACUCACGUCCCAACAUGGAAGAAGUUGUCAAGAUGAUCGAGGAUGUGAGACCGCCGCAGACCAAAACGAGGCCUUCCUCUGAAUCUGAUUACUCUAAUGUUCAAACCCCAUGAACGCUUUGGAAUUUGCUCUAUCUUUUUUUUUUUUUUUAAUUUUUUCUCCCCUCUCAAUGGUAUCAAUGUAGUAGCUGCUAAUUCUGGAUAAGAUCUGUUAUCCCUACCUUUGUCAAUAAUUUGCUCAUAUGCAUUCUUGGCGAGCCAUUUUCAGGCAACUUA